AUGGUAGCUGAUCUUGACGAAGCAAAGGGCCGAUCAGCAGAUUACCCUGAUGCUCCACCUAUAGAAGCUGUUACUACCAUUCAGAACCAAUCUCAUGGACACCCUCAUAUUGAAAUCAACCCUGAUGUACUAGAGACAGCCUUGCAAUUUGCUGGACCCACACGUCUUGCAGGCAUUUUUGGUGUAUCCUCACACACCAUUCAACACCGGGCACUAGAAAAUGAGCUUGUAGAACCAGGACACCCAGUAUACAUCAAAUUCACUGAUGAAGGUGGUGUCACAUGUAGAUACUAUACAUCCUCCACUGGAUCUCAAUCAGUACUCUCUGAUGAUGAGCUGGAUAGUGCCAUGCUGCAAAUUCUCACCUAUUACCCAUGUCUAGGCUGCUGCAUGAUUGAUGGCCAACUUCGUUACAUGGGAGUCAGUGUACCUCGCUCUCAUAUUCAAGCAUCAUAUUCCCGGGUCCAUGGCCCUCCGGCAGCUGCAUUUGGUGUGCACCAUAUCACUCGGUGA